GGCCCGGCCAGACGCGUUUCCGCUGCCGGCGGGGCCGCGGGGCCGCCGGGACCUGCAGUCCGGGCACGGCAUGGCCGGCAGCGGGGACACCGCGGCCCUGGAGACCAUCCAGGCGGAUGGGACAGACGGGAAUUGCGUCACCUUCGUGCUGCACGACGAGGAUCACACCCUGGGCAACUCCCUGCGCUACAUGGUCAUGAAGAACCCUGACGUGGAGUUCUGUGGCUACUGCAUCACACACCCCUCUGAGAGCAAGAUCAACUUCAGGAUCCAGACCAGAGGGGCCCUCCCUGCCGUGGAGCCGUUCCGGAAGGGGCUCAAUGACCUGAUGGCUGUUUGCCAGCACGUGCUCAGCACCUUUGAGAGGAGCAUGAAGGAGUACCGGGCACAGAGGGAGGAGGAGAUGCAGUAGCCUUUGGAGAUGGCAUCAGUGGAUGUCCCCAUGGCUGCCUGUGGCAUCUGUGUGUGGAAUUCCCUGCGUCCAAGUGGGGGUUUUUAGGUUGUUUUUGCAUGGCUUUGAUGCAAAUUGUAUUUUCUCUAUUUAAUAAAGUUUAUUCAUUUA